ACUCGGUCACGGACACGGAUUCUGUGAAUAUCGUAGGAAGCUCUCCCUGUUCCUUUCAAUCUCUCCUCACCAAUUCCCUGUUCUUCUUUGACACUUCUUCUUCGAUUUUUUUGUCGUAAUUCCACUUCGAUUGCGGGGCGUUUUCUCCUUCAUCUCUCAAUUUCAGCUCAACUUCUAUAAAUCUGUACAUAUUGUUCUAUACGAUCUAGAAAUUUUUGGUUGUUUUGUUCUUCCUUCGUUAAUUACUUCGGUACCGAUUCUCUGCUUUCCGAGGGCAAAAUUUCAGGUCUCUCAGAAAGUUGAUGCUCUUUGAUUCGAUUGUAGUACUGAUCUGGGUUUAUCGAUUAGGUUAGAUUAGUGGGUCAUUGAGGAAAUUUUUUGUAGUCUAUUGUUUAUUUCUUUCAUCUCUUCUCUGUAUAAAAUUGUUCGAUUCGUGGUACUUCUGUUAAGGUUGAUACCAAUUUAUACUUUCCGGGAAAGAACAGUUUUCGGUCAUUUCAGAAAGUUGCUCGUUCUGUAAUCAUACGCACGUAUAUUUUUCCGUGGAAUUGGUAACGGAUUAGCGAGGAAAUUAGUUCGGUCGUUGAGGAAAUUUGAUUCGAACAGAAUUGUUUUCUGAUCUCAAGAACUUAUUUGGGUGUGCGACUGCGAUCUGAGCGGGAGACGAAAGUGACUUUUUGCCCUAGAUCAUGGGAGUUCCAACUAUAGCUCUAUACGCGGGCCCAGCGAGCAGUAUUUGCUCUACGCAUCCUUGCCAGAUCAAUGCUCAUGCAUCAUUCGAUUUCGAAAUCGGUUCUCGAUCUUCGUCGGCGCCGUCAACGGCAUCCGCAUCCCAGAAGCCGGCGGCCGGUGGGCUGUCGUGCCUAUUCUCCGCGUCCCCGGUAAGGCAUGUCUCAUCGACGGCGGGCUUUUCCGGUUGCGGGGAGGAAUUGGGAUCGUUAUGGCAUGAUAGAGGGGAGGACUUGAGCAGCUCAUUUCGAUAUUCUUCGAGCAAAUAUUUGGGGUCUUCAUUGACUAGGGAUUCGAGCCCGGUGUCGGUGUUUCAGGGACCGGUUUCGUGUUGUAGUAGUGGAGUUGGUUCGUCGGCGAAAAGUCCUCCGAUGUGGAUUUCGCGAGAGAAGAGUGGGGAAGUUAAUUUCGAGAGCUCGAUUGGAGUUGGGUCCAACGGGUUCUUCAAUGGGUUCUUGAGGAAUGCUUCGGGAUCGUAUGUGGAUGUUCACAGGAAUGCUCUCGAUGUGAGCUCAUCGGCUGUGCUCAUGGAUGAGUUGACUUUUAAUUUGGAAGAUGGGUUUGCGGAGUCCACUUCGGAGCCAUACGCAAGGGAUAUGCUUCUUGGAGCACAAAUGAGGCAUAAGAUCUUUCUCGAUGAAUUUGUGAUCAAGGCGUUUUACGAAGCCGAGAAGGCGCAUAGAGGACAAAUGCGAGCCAGUGGAGAUCCAUAUUUACAACAUUGUGUGGAAACGGCGAUGUUGCUGGCAUUGAUCGGUGCAAAUUCCACGGUGGUGGCUGCUGGGCUUCUGCACGAUGUGCUGGAUGAUUCUUUCAUGUGUUAUGACUACAUUUUAGGGACAGCCGGAGCUGGGGUUGCUGAUUUAGUUGAAGAGGUGUCUCAGCUAAGUCAUUUGAGCAAACUUGCACGUGAGAACAAUACUGCCAACAAAACCGUCGAGGCAGAUCGCUUGCAUACCAUGUUCCUUGCCAUGGCAGAUACUCGGGCUGUUCUUGUUAAAUUGGCUGAUCGUCUACAUAAUAUGAUGACAUUAGAUGCAUUGCCAUCGACAAAACGAUUAAGAUUUGCCAAGGAGACUUUGGAAAUUUUUGUACCAUUGGCUAAUCGCUUAGGAAUAUUGAGUUGGAAGGAGCAGUUGGAAAAUUUAUGCUUUAAGCAUCUCCAUCCUGAAGAGCAUAAAGAACUGUCGUCGAAACUUGUGGAUUCAUUUGAUUCUGCAAUGAUAACUUCUGCAAUUGAGAAAUUAGAUCAGGCUCUUAAGGAUGAAGGGAUUUCUUACCAUCUCUUAUCUGGACGCAAUAAGAGCUUAUACAGCAUUUACUUAAAAAUGUUGAGAAAGAAGUUGACCAUGGAUGAAAUCCACGACAUUCACGGCUUAAGGCUUAUUGUAAAAAAUGAAGAAGACUGCCAGAGAGCUUUAAGAAUAGUUCACCAGUUGUGGUCUGAAGUGCCCGGGCGGUGCAAAGAUUAUAUUAGCCAUCCAAAGUUUAAUGGGUAUCGAUCUCUACACACGGUCGUGAUGGGUGAAGACAUGGCGCCCCUUGAAGUUCAAAUUAGGACGAAAGAGAUGCAUUUGCAAGCUGAGUUUGGGAUUGCAGCUCAUUGGAGAUAUAAGGAGGGCGACAGCGAAUACUCUCCUUUCGUCGUUCAGAUGGUUGAAUGGGCCCGAUGGGUUGUCACUUGGCAGUGUCUGGCUAUGAGCAAAGAUGGAUCGUCCAUUGGCUCUGCUGAUUCAAUCAAACCACCCUGCAAAUUCCCUUCUCAUUCCGAAGGCUGUCCAUAUUCAUACAAAACUCAAUGUGAUGGCCAGGAUGGACCUAUUUUCGUCAUAACGAUUGAGAACGACAAGAUGUCAGUGCAAGAGUUUCCUGCAAAUUCAACUAUCAUGGACUUGAUGGAAAGAUGUGGGCGAGGAAGUUCAAGAUGGGCCUCCCAUGGUGGCUUCCCCAUGAAAGAAGAUUUGAGGCCGAGGCUAAACCAUGAGCGAGUGAACGAUCCAAAGUGCAAGCUGAAGAUGGGUGAUGUGGUAGAGUUAACUCCAGCCAUCCCCGACAAGUCAUUGACGGAGUACAGGGAAGAAAUCCAGCGAAUGUACGACCGAGGGAUUACGGUUUCAAACACGGGACCAUCCCCGGCUGCUCCCAACACUGUUGGUUUCUGCAGCUGACCAUACCUUAGUUUGCCUAUGAUAUACGUUUAGUGAUGAUCAAAUUAUUCUUGUAUAUAAGUGGUCUUUGUACAGAACAACUCCCAAUAGUUCUGUACCAAGAAAUAGAUGACUAACUGAAAUUCAACAAAGUUCAAAAUCAUGGAGCUCAUUCUUGUAGAAUUUCAUUUUCA